GGAUUGCUCAUCCGAUCCGUUCAGCCGCAGCCAGUGUGUCAAAUUACAGAGGCGCCGGAAUCGGCCCCAACGCUUCUCGGCGGCGGCCACGACCCACCUCUGCCCAUGGGGCCCUCGGUGUGCGCCCCUUCGCGCCGGGACUGAAGCCGGCUCGCCCGGGAGACGCGAGACACCAAGAAGGACCGACAGCGCGGAACCAACUCCGGGACUCUGCAGAUACUUGAAGGGGGAAACGGGGCGGAGAGAGGGAGAGCCGGCCGGACUCCCCUAACUUUCCUGGACUUGGAACGUUCUUCGAAGUAACUCUCUUCUCACCUGGGUCUACUACCGCUGUACUGCCAGCGGCAGCUGGUUGUGUUCUCUCGGCUCUCCCCCUCCUGCCGCUAAUUUUUCCAUCGUCUUUGCCGGGAGCAAAGGAAAGGGACAUUUUUCCCCCCUUGCCCGCAGCUUGGAUCGCGCCUCUGGGCAGCGGCUCUCGCCUUUAUUUAUUCUAUUUAUUUAUUUAUUGGUUCUCAAGACGCAAGGGGAUGGUAGCCGAGCGCCCCCGUAAAGCGGCAGCCGCCGGUGCCCGCGGCCCCGGGGAGCUAAGCGCGCCCGCGACGGUGGCGCUGGCGGUGGCGCCGGCGGAGCGCUGCGCGCGGCUGCCGAGCCCGGGGUCGUGCGGGCUGCUGGCGCUGGCCCUGUGUUCGCUGGCGCUCAGCCUGCUCACCCACUUUCGGACCGCGGAGCUGCAGGCCCGGGUGCUGCGCCUGGAAUCGGAGCGUGGGGAGCAGCAAAUGGAGACGGCUAUUUUGGGACGAGUCAACCAACUGCUGGAUGAGAAAUGGAAGCUCCACUCUCGGAGGCGCCGGGAGGCCCCCACGAAGACGUCUGCAGGGUGUCACUGCCCACCAGGACCUCCUGGUCCCGCUGGAAGACCCGGCCUCCCAGGGGACAAAGGUGCCAUUGGGAUUCCUGGACGUGUGGGAGUAAAGGGCCAACCAGGCGAGAAGGGGGCCCCAGGAGAUGCCGGCAUGUCCAUCAUCGGUCCCCGCGGCCCCCCUGGUCAGCCGGGCACUCGAGGUUUUCCUGGAUUUCCGGGUCCCAUCGGGCUAGAUGGAAAACCGGGCCACCCCGGACCCAAAGGAGAGAUGGGCCUGAUGGGUCCCCGAGGACAGCCGGGACCUCAAGGACAAAAAGGAGAAAAGGGUCAGUGUGGAGAGUACCCACAUCGGCUGCUGCCUCUCCUCAAUUCAGUGCGACUGGCUCCACCCCCAGUCAUAAAAAGGCGGACCUUCCAGGGCGAACAGGGCCAGGCCGGUAUCCAAGGACCACCGGGGCCACCAGGCCCCCCUGGACCAAGCGGACCCCUGGGGCCCCCGGGACUGCCAGGGCCCAUGGGGCCACCCGGCUUACCUGGGCCUCCAGGACCAAAGGGAGACCCAGGAAUCCAGGGUUACCACGGCCGAAAGGGAGAACGAGGCAUGCCGGGGAUGCCGGGCAAACACGGAGCCAAGGGGGCUCCCGGAAUCACCGUGGCGGGGAUGAAGGGUGAGCCGGGGACCCCAGGAGCCAAGGGCGAAAAGGGGGCUGCAGGCUCCCCCGGGCUGCUCGGCCUCCUGGGGCAGAAGGGAGAAAAAGGCGACGCUGGCAACUCCUUUGGAGGGGGCAGAGGGGAGCCCGGCCCCCCAGGGCUACCUGGGCCCCCAGGCCCAAAGGGAGAAGCUGGUGUUGAUGGCCAGGCCGGCCCCCCAGGACGGCAAGGAGACAAGGGUGAGCCCGGAGCAGCCGGAGAACAGGGACCGGCUGGCCCCAAGGGCAGCAAGGGGGAACCAGGCAAAGAAAUGGUGGACUACAAUGGGAACAUCAACGAGGCUCUCCAGGAGAUCCGAACGCUGGCCUUGAUGGGGCCCCCUGGUCUUCCAGGGCAAAUCGGCCCACCCGGAGCCCCAGGGAUCCCAGGCCAGAAGGGGGAGAUUGGACUUCCAGGCCCUCCAGGACACGACGGGGAAAAGGGACCUCGAGGCAAACCAGGCGACAUGGGCCCUCCCGGUCCCCAAGGCCCCCCAGGAAAGCCUGGGCCCACAGGAAUGAAGGGUGAAGACGGACACGUGGGGAGCCCGGGAGAAAAGGGGGAGAAAGGGGAGACGGGGCAAGCAGGCCCACCGGGUCUAGACGGCCCAACUGGGGAGAAAGGAGAACCAGGUGGCCAAGGGAGACCCGGAACAACAGGAUUGCCCGGCCCGAUCGGGCUCCCGGGAUUUACAGGGGAGAAAGGAGAGCCAGGGGAGAAGGGAGACCCAGGAGUGGAGGUUCCUGGGCCCCCAGGGCCAGAGGGACCUCCCGGACCUCCGGGACUCCAAGGUGUUCCUGGACCAAAGGGGGAAGCGGGACUGGAUGGAGCAAAAGGAGAGAAGGGUGUCCAGGGAGAGAAAGGAGACCGAGGGCCGCUGGGAUUACCCGGAGCUUCAGGUUUGGACGGCAGGCCUGGGCCACCGGGUACUCCAGGACCAGUCGGAGUUCCAGGCCCAGCGGGACCAAAGGGCGAGAGGGGCAGCAAAGGCGACCUUGGGAUGACAGGACCAUCAGGAGCGGCUGGGCUUCCUGGUUUACACGGACCACCCGGGGACAAAGGAAACCGGGGACACCGAGGUUUUAAAGGAGAGAAAGGGGAGCCGGGGUUACCAGGGCUGGACGGACUGGAUGCCCCGUGCCCAUUGGUAUGGCAUCGCCCUCCCUCGCCUGCACGGCCGUCUCAGGCUUCCCCACGUGUGUGGUUCUUGCCCGCAUGCCUCUCCAGCCGCCCUCCUCACGCCUCCUGCCCCAUCCACUCAGUCUCCACUUCCUGCCCCUUCUCUCUGUAGACGCUAAGGGUCACCCUGCCCUGGCUGGUCCUCAGGGCCUCCAAGCAUGCCCCCUGGAGCACGCAAAGCUUGCCAGAUGUUUUCUCGGCUUCUUCCUCCAGCGGCUGCAAAAGCACAUCCCCUUAAUGUGAGCCAUCCCGCAUCCGACCCUCCCUUCCUAGGGGCUUCUAGCCGAACCUGCCCCCAGAAAGUCAGGAAGGUGAGAUCCUCUGGGCAGGUUCUUGGCAACUGUGACUUCUCUUCCUUCACACCCUGCGGUUGGUUCAGCAAGCAUCAGCUGAGCCCCAGGCGGAACAUUUGAAUGAGAUGCCUGAGCCAGUCCCACACCCUUUCCCGUUCCGCCAUCUUGUGAUGUGGCCGGGGACAGACGGGCAUGCUCAUAAACGUAGACUGAGAAGUUCUAGAACUGAGGUAGAAGAGGGGGCCACUCUGCCCGUUCUUCCGGGCUGGCUCUGGGGUCGUUACCCCGGUGCUGCCACCAGAACUAAAGGAUGGUCCAAGGUCAGGAUUUUAGAUACUAAACGAUUCAUCCUUUUUGCUUCAACCCGGGGAGACACUACAAGACCCUCCCUUGGCUUCCCUCCCUUUCAUCUGCAGAUGACCCACCACCGGCAAGCCUGGAAGAGAAUGGAAAGGUCGCGAAUGUAGUUGAGGAAGAGAAGAGGGGAGACAGGGAGGCUCUUAGGAACCCUCCCCACGCAUGUGCUGGCCGAGUGGCCACAGUGCUGCUCACACCUGGCUCAGGGUCUGUCGGGCAGGGACGUUCUGGCCCCAUAGCCACCCUUUCACCUCGCUGCAAGGGGAGAAGUGGACGGCACCUCACUCCAAGGCAAUUGGCUUAGAAGGUUCCCGCUCUCCUAUACUUCCCCAGGAGGUCUAGAGUGCGCGGAGCUAUUUUCAUACAAGUAAGAGAUGAGGACUCCAGGUCCCACGUCUCACCCCGGGGUCACACGAGAAUUAUCUCUGAAGAGAAGAGAAAAGGCUGUGUGCCCCUGAGAGGUGACCACGGAGCCCCUUGAAGGGACUUUUUAGGACCAGUAUAGACAACAGAAGAAGACUGCAGGGUAGCAUGCUCCCCCUUCCCCCCACCCCCCUGCUGAAGCCCCUGCUCACUGCCCCCUCCUCCCCACCGCCUGGCCUGAUGACCCCCGAGCACGCAGCCAUAGGACCCCCGGUCCCCCCAGAGCACCUCCACUAAUCACCGGCCAGGUCUCCUCUCGGCCACGUGCCUUCCGUGGCCUGACUACCUUGAGUUCCGCUGGCCCGCGCCACCCUGCUCCUCUCUCACACACUCCCUCCGCCUGCCCCACUCUCCUCUGUCGCCCUGCCACCAUCACGUGCCAAUGGGAAUGCCGCCGUGGCCCCGCGGAGGCUCCUCUCCCUUCCAGAGUCCAUGUGAAGUGUCGCACCACGGCGGGCUGGGGAAGGGGGCAGGUCUCCAUGAAGCCCUGGAAUGCACCACCUCCCCCUGCAGACCCUCCCUGACCCAGAGGGGACAAUGAAGGUCAUCUUCAUUUGGUCCUUAAUGCAAAGCGGCAUUUUCUGCAAUAACAUCCCGUACCGAUGUGUCCUUUGUCUAUGAAUCUCGCUGGGGAAGCGUACAUAUCUUCCCUUUCUUGUUUCUCGUCGUGGCUCUUUUCCCGUCCCCUGCCCUGUGUCGUUGUGGACAUGGGGGCAGGGGGAGCUAUCUCAGUUUGAGAUAACUAGGCUUCUUCUGCCCUCCGCGGCGGGCCGGCUGCCUGCUACCUGCCAGGCCAGAGGUUUAGGCACCUGUCGUGGUGGAUGAAAUCGAUCUGCGGCACAGAGGGCUCCCAUUCAACCACCUCUGGGCUAACCGCUUGCUCCAGUCAUCUGAAACCCUGCGUCCAUCCUUCUGUGCCCUGGAGCGUGGAAUUCUAGGAUCUGGGCUGCAAUUCUAGACCAGAUCUGGGCCCCGGUUCAGCCUCACACUCCCACCUUGUCUCACAGUUUCCAGAUCCCCCCAGGGUAUGCCAGAGGGGGCCAGGAUAUCAGGGCCCGAGAAGCCUCAGGACGUCCUGGGGCUACAGGUGCUCUGUGGGUGCCACCGGCAAAGGGGACAGACGGGGCACGGUUGAUCCCCAUCCUCCACUUCAUCUCCACCCCCGGUCCCAAGUUCCCAGUAAUGGCUGAGGCUGAGCCCGAGGACAGCGUCACCCUGCUGAAGGCACCUCGAGACCAUGUUGCGAUUCCCGUGAGGUUGCUUGCCUCUUUACACCCCGCCCUCCUCCUUAUUGAUUAACAGAUGGGAACCGCCUAGAUCUCUUCCUCCUGCUGCUCAGGAAGGGAGGAAACUAAGAUCAUAGGAGAUCUGGGGACACCUUAGUGAUCACCUCAUACAACCGCACCUUCCCCAGGUUUCACAGAGGACGAAACAGGCCUCCAAGCACUGAAUGACUGAGCUGUGAGCACCUAGCAUUCAGUACAGCCAGAGCAGAGACCUGCGCGGCCGAGGGCUGUUCCUAACAGGACACUCAGGUCACCGCUGUUCGCUGACCCCACAGGCUAGGGCAGCCCCCCCCUUGGCCUUGCACGGUGACUGCGUGUGACCCUAGUCAGUGGGAAGUCCGGCUUGCCUCCCGUCCAUUUCGGAGGCUCUGCCCUGAAGCAGAGGAGAGGGAUAGACAAGAGGCGGGCUGCCACAGUGUUUGUGGCCCUUGCUCCCCUGUCCUGCCUGCUCGCCGGGCUGUCCCAGAGUCUGAGCCACCUGCCUUC